AUGAUUCCUUUCUUACCAGUAUUUUCUCUGUUCCUGCUGCUGGUUGUUAACCCUGUAAAUGCCAAUGGUCACUAUGACAAGAUCUUGGCUCACAGCCGUAUCAGGGGCCGGGAUCAGGGUCCAAAUGUCUGUGCCCUUCAACAGAUUUUGGGCACCAAAAAGAAAUACUUCAGUACCUGCAGGAACUGGUAUCAAGGUGCCAUCUGUGGAAAAAAAACGACUGUGUUAUAUGAAUGCUGCCCUGGUUAUAUGAGGAUGGAAGGAAUGAAAGGCUGCCCAGCAGUGAUGCCUAUUGACCAUGUUUAUGGAACCCUGGGCAUUGUGGGAGCUACCACCACACAGCACUAUUCUGAUGUCUCAAAACUGAGGGAGGAGAUUGAAGGAAAGGGAUCGUUCACUUACUUCGCACCGAGUAACGAAGCUUGGGACAACCUGGAUUCUGAUAUCCGGAGAGGUCUGGAGAGCAAUGUGAAUGUUGAAUUACUGAAUGCUUUACAUAGCCACAUGGUUAAUAAGAGAAUGUUGACCAAGGACUUGAAAAAUGGCAUGAUUAUCCCUUCAAUGUAUAACAACUUGGGGCUCUUCAUUAACCAUUAUCCUAAUGGGGUUGUCACUGUGAACUGUGCUCGAAUCAUCCAUGGGAACCAGAUUGCAACAAAUGGUGUUGUGCAUGUCAUUGACCGUGUCCUUACACAAAUUGGUACCUCAAUUCAGGACUUCAUUGAAGCAGAAGAUGAGCUCUCAUCUUUUAGGGCAGCUGCCAUCACAUCUGAUAUAUUGGAGGCACUUGGGAGAGAUGGUCACUUCACACUCUUUGCUCCUACCAAUGAAGCUUUUGAGAAACUUCCACGAGGAGUUCUAGAAAGGAUCAUGGGAGAUAAAGUGGCUUCAGAAGCUCUCAUGAAGUACCACAUUCUAAACACCCUGCAGUGUUCAGAGGCUAUCAUGGGAGGAGCAGUCUUUGAGACCCUGGAAGGAAACACCAUUGAGAUAGGAUGUGAUGGUGACAGUAUAACAGUAAAUGGAAUAAAAAUGGUGAACAAAAAAGAUAUUGUGACAAAUAACGGUGUCAUCCAUUUGAUUGAUCAGGUCCUGGUUCCUGAUUCUGCCAAACAAGUUAUUGAGCUGGCUGGAAAUCAGCAAACCACUUUCACAGACCUUGUGGCCCAGUUAGGCUUGGCAUCUGCUCUGAGGCCAGAUGGAGAAUACACUUUGCUGGCACCUGUGAAUAACGCAUUUUCUGAUGAUACACUGAGCAUGGAUCAGCGCCUUCUUAAAUUAAUUCUACAGAAUCAUAUAUUGAAAGUAAAAGUUGGCCUUAAUGAGCUUUACAAUGGACAAAAACUUGAGACCAUUGGAGGCAAACAGCUCAGAGUCUUCGUGUACCGUACAGCUGUCUGCAUUGAAAAUUCAUGCAUGGUGAGAGGAAGCAAGCAAGGAAGAAAUGGUGCCAUUCACAUAUUCCGAGAGAUCAUCAAACCAGCAGAGAAAUCCCUCCAUGAAAAACUGAAACAGGAUAAGCGCUUCAGCAUCUUCCUCAGUCUACUUGAAGCUGCAGACUUGAAAGAGCUCCUAACACAGCCUGGAGAUUGGACCUUAUUUGUACCAACCAAUGAUGCCUUUAAGGGAAUGACUAAUGAAGAAAAGGAAAUUCUGAUUCGGGACAAAAAUGCUCUUCAAAACAUCAUCCUUUAUCACCUGACACCAGGAGUUUUCAUUGGAAAAGGUUUUGAACCUGGCGUUACUAACAUUUUAAAAACCACACAAGGAAGUAAAAUCUAUCUGAAAGGAGUAAAUGAUACACUUCUGGUAAAUGAACUGAAAUCAAAAGAAUCCGACAUCAUGACAACAAAUGGCGUCAUUCAUGUUGUAGAUAAACUCCUCUAUCCAGCAGACACACCUGUUGGAAAUGAUCAGCUGCUAGAAAUACUUAAUAAACUGAUCAAAUACAUCCAAAUUAAGUUUGUUCGUGGCAGUACCUUCAAAGAAAUCCCCAUAACUGUCUACACAACUAAAAUUAUAACCAAAGUUGUGGAACCAAAAAUUAAAGUGAUUGAAGGCAGUCUUCAGCCUAUUAUCAAAACAGAAGGACGCACAAUACCAAAGGUCAAAAUUGAAGGUGAUCCUGAAUUCAGACUGAUUAAAGAAGGUGAAACGGUAACUGAAGUGAUCCAUGGAGAGCCAAUUAUUAAAAAAUACACCAAGAUCAUUGAUGGAGUGCCUGUGGAAAUAACUGAAAAAGAAACAAGGGAAGAACGAAUCAUUACAGGUCCUGAAAUAAAAUACACUAGGAUUUCAACUACAGGUGGAGAAACAGAAGAAACGCUGAAGAAAUUGUUGCAAGAAGAGGUCACCAAGGUCACCAAAUUCAUUGAAGGUGGUGAUGGUCAUUUAUUUGAAGAUGAAGAAAUUAAAAGACUGCUUCAGGGAGACACACCUGUGAGAAAGAUACAAGCCAACAAAAGAGUUCAAGCAUCUAGAAGACGAUCAAGGGAAGAUCGUCCUCAGUGA